AUGAAUAAUUUAUUAUUUCAAAAACUUGAUAAAUCAAUCCUCAAAAACUUUAAAUCUGGUGGUAAAUUUGAAUUAAGAAAAUCUGGAGACAGAGGACAUGAUAAUCACGGAUGGUUAGAUACUUAUCAUACUUUUUCAUUUGCAAGUUACUUUGAUCCAAAAUAUCAAAGUUUUGGAUCAUUACGUGUAAUAAAUGAAGACAUAGUAAAACCAAAUACUGGUUUCGGUGCUCAUCCACAUCGUGAAUUUGAAAUUUUUUCUUAUAUUAUUUCCGGCGAAUUACAACAUAAAGAUUCGAUGGGAAAUGUAGAAAUAUUAAAGCGUGGCGAUAUACAAUUCACUACUGCUGGUACUGGAAUCACGCAUUCCGAAUAUAACAUUCAUCCAUCUAAAUCUGUUCAUUUCUUACAAAUUUGGGUCAAACCUAACCAAUCUCAUCUCAAACCUGCCUAUUAUACCAAGUCUUUUCCCGAUACGGUGAAACUAAAUAAUUUAACGCAUACAAUCUCUCCAUUCAACGACAAAGUUCACAAUGGUGAUGUUGAUGAAAAUUCAAAAAAUACUAUUGGAAUACACUCUGAUUUUCAUAUGUUUGCAAGUUUAUUAGAACCUAAUAAAAAAGUUGCGCAUAUUAUUCAAAAAAAUGACAUCUACAAUUUCACAAGUAAUGGUGACGUUGAUAAAAAUAACAAUGAUAGUAGUAGUGAUAUUAGAACAGUAUAUGUUCAUGUAACAUCUACCGGUGGUGAAUUAAAAGUUAACGAUGACGAGGAUCAAUUGACACCAAAUAGAACAGAAAUUCCUUCCCCGUUUCCACCUGAGUUACAUUCAUUAGCUCAUGAAUUCUAUACUAUGAGAAUAGGUAAUAAAAAAGAUGGUAAACUUUUUAUUCGUUAUCUUUAUUCGUAG